CAAGGAAGUGUCCCGAUCAGACAGCAGCUGCAGCUAGCAGGCUAGCAGCGGCUCAGUGGGAGCAGAAAGACAGACAGACAGACAGGUGCGCAGGCAGACGGACGGACAGACAGUGCAGCUGUCUCUGUGGAUGGAAGUGUGGAGCUCAGCGAUGGGACCGGAGAGAGUCUUACCGAACUCUGAGGACGAGCUGGGGGAGGACGAGCGUCCGGCCGAUGGAGCUCUGCUGCCGGUGUGGAGCGGGGGGGAGGGAGGGGGGGAGGAGGAGGAGGGGGGGGAGGAGGAGGGGGGAGAGAUGGAGCUGGAUGGAGAGGAGGAGGAAGAGGAGGAGGAGGAGGUGAACAGUGGAGGAUAUUAUUACCAGCCUCUGAACCAGGAGCCCGACGGUGUGAACAGUGCUGAGCAGGCGGGGGAGGAGGGGGAGGAGACGGGGGACGCCCCCUCCCAUAACGAGCAGCUGCAACAGGUGCAGCACAGGAUAGAGGUGAUGGGUCUCCACCUGCCUGAUGCUCCGCCUGCAGACAGUGACGAGGAGGAAGACCCUGAGGGGGCGGCAGCCCUGAGGAGCCGAGCAUCCAUCCCCAUGGACGCAGACCAUGUGGAGCUGGUGAAGAGGACGAUGGCGGCCGUGGCGUUGCCGUCUCUUGGUGUGCCAUCGUGGGCCAGAGAGAUCUCAGACGACCAGUGGAAGGACCUGGUCCAGAACACGCUGCAGAGCCGACAGAGCGCCGCCACCCUGCGCUUGCCACGUAGGGCCAACAUCAACGGACCCUGAAUGCACCACGACUACGUCAACAACCUCUGCUGUCCCUGAACACCCCACUGCAGCUCUUGGACCCAUGACAACAACAGACCAUUAUCGUACCACUGCAGCUGCAACAACCAAUACUGUCUCUGAACACACCACGAUAACAUCAAUGAACCCUUAAGGCAUCAUGACCAUGUCAAGAACCUCUACUGUCCUUGAACACACCACCACAGCUCCAACUACUUCAACACACCCAACAACACCAUGACAGUGGAUUGUGACAAACUGCCGCAGCGGCCACAACCUCUACUGACCCUGAAUGCACCAUGACAACUUAAACGAAGCCUGAAGUCACCAUGCCCAUGUCAACAACCUCUGCUGACCCUGAAUGCACCACCACCACCACAUUACUAACUUCUACUUACUCUGAAUUCACCAUGACAACAACGGACAAUGAACACACCUGUCACACCAAGAAUCCCUACUGACCCUGAAUGCAUCACUGCAGUUUCAGUGACAUUAACAGACCCUGAACACACCACAACCACGUUAUCAACUUCACCUGGCCCUGAAUGCACCACAACCGCUUCAAUAUCCAUGGACCCUGAAGGCACCAGGACCACUUCAGGGACCCGGUUGGUGGGCUGGGAAAAAACAGAAUGACUGUAAAUAUUCAGAGUUGAAUCAAAACAUCAGUUUGUUUUGUUCGAAGAUUUAAAGUGAAGCUGCUGAAACUGAAACGUCUUGUCUGUUUUUUAGUCUCAAUAAAUAUUCAAUUUGAACUUUC